AUGAACGGCAUCGUCGACAAAGGCACAAACAACUACUCCCAGACUCUUUCGAUUGGACAUGCUUCGCCAGCCAAUAUCCCGUGGAGGUUUUUGGGUCAAUACAAAUACCGCAUUCUCGAAGAUGGUUCACAGACGCAAUACCGCCUCUGCAUUAUCGAGAGCUCCAUUCCGCCUCACAGCGACGGCCCAGUUUUUCAUUUCCACGAAAUGCACGAUGAGGGCUUUUACGUAACUAAAGGAAAAGUCCGAUUCCAUUCCCCAGGACGCGGCCAUCUCGAUGCCAGCGCCGGCGACCUCGUCACCGUACCGAUUCGCCUGCCACACAAGUUCAGCAACCCGUUCGACGAAGAAGCUGUCUUUAUCAACACAAUCACACCUGGCUUUUUUGUGCGCUACUUUGAAUAUCUGGAGGAGUUGAUUGGAGAUGGCGAGGUUUUGACGAAGGAAGUGAACAUGGAGGCUUUGAAACGGUUUGCGACAGUUCCGUUGACAGACGACAUGGUCAAGCAAUUCGAGGAUGUGUUUGCGAAGGAUAAGUGA